CCAAAAUGGAUCACAAACAACAUCGAUAUGAAUAUUUUUGUAAAAUAUUAUCGGUAUUGAGAGACCUUUCAGUGUGUUUAAGCCAAUUCAUAGCAAGCAGCUAAGGGAAAAUGUUGUAUUGUUGUAUCAAAACCGAAACGACACGAAACAUAAGAACAUUUCAUUAGAGUGUUUCGAUCGCUUAUUAUACAUUGCAACGACGUAUGACUUAGUGCAAGCGUGACUUCAACUCUCUAAUAUCGGUAUAGCUAUUUCAGUUAAAAGCAAAUAUACAGAAAGAAGGCAGCGGUCGCGACAAUAGCAGCACCAGCGUGACAUAGGCAAUAAAUAUAGUAAAAACGAGGAAAAUACAUACAUCCACAAAAAAAAAAUACGGAAAGAGAAAAACAACAUUGAAAAUAAGACCCAAAAAUGGAUUGCAGUUCCAUGAAAAAAAAUCGUUUUUAGGCCAUACAAUUUACGAGGGAUUGGUCGAUCGAUCAUCAAAGAUGAAGCGAGCAGCUGAAAUUGCAACCGGUCAACUACAUUCGGAUACAAUGACUAGCGACUUGAGUAUUUUAAGGAAACCAAUCAAGACUGCUGUGAACGGGCUGAAUGAAGCUAGAAAAGCAUUCGAAGAUGGAACUGAAGAGAUCCGAAAAUUACUAUCCAAUGAAUGUGAUAUCAUUUAUGAGUGCAAAGUGUGUCGAAAUAUGUUUCGAAGUUUGGCCAAUUUCAUAAGCCACAAACGAGUCUACUGUAAAACGACAUACUGCUCAUCAUUGCAUCAUAAUUUUCAUAACGAUGGUCAAGGUUUCAGUCAAGAUAUAUCAACAAUUGUGCAAGCGGAAGUGGAUUUUCCUUGUACAGUGAAAAAUAGUAAGAAUAAUGAAAAGGAUUUGAGCAGUAUAGUCGAUCGGCUUAUCAAGCGCGAAGAGGCCAAUCGUUCACUGAAACUCAGUGAUUUUUAUGAACAAGUAAAUAACAAACUAACACAGGAUGAGCUAUUACGAAAGAGACACGUGCUACAAUUGGAUGUGGUGCCUGAAUCGAAUGUUGCCGUCUAUCAAACUGUUAAGGGCCAUGAUGACACUAGCUGUGAUAAUAUCAAAGCUGAGGUUAUCGAAAUAGAGGAUAUAUCAGAUAAGAGCCGCACAGUACUAGGAUUUAAUGGGAAAAUUGUCAGUCCAUCAGAUCUACCCGAAUUUCCAAAUAAUGACGACAAAUUACCUCGACCAUUUGAAUGCGACAUUUGUAACGCUAAGUUUGCAACGGAAAAAAUGCUAAAACUGCACAUCGAAACGAAGCAUAUCACCUCAACGUAUGUUUUCCAGUGCCCGUCGUGUAGUAAAACAUUUUUGCAAGUUGGCCAGGUUAUUCGACAUUUAACGAACGAUCAUAAAAAAUCGAUGCGUCGUGUUAGACUGAUGCGAGAUUCUAUUCUAAAGCGGCGUACACGGAUCGACGAGGUUCAGGUGAAGGGCCCCAGCAGAGAACUAGCUCGCUUACAAACGGACAAAGAACGUGUUGAUUCACAAAAUAAAGCUUGGCUUGAUAAUCUCGAGGACAAUGAAAGCAGCAGCAAAAAUGUUUGCCUAUUCUGUGGCAGACAAUUUGAUCGUAGAGCUGUCUUACUAUCACAUCAUAAGGUUUGUCAACAAAAGAAAAAGCCAAAUACGCGAAUAUCACUGACGAGAAAAGUGGAUCAUAGCCGAACUGGCACAAAUGGCUGGAACGACAGAGAGUACGAUGAUUCAUCAAAUUCGAAUUCACUAGAUGGUGCCUGUAUGGAUGACAACGUGAUGUCAACAUUAAAAGAUAAAUCAAACAAAACGAUAAAGAACGAAUUGGACUUGGACGCCCCCGAAAAUAUCACGACAAGUCGACGAAAAAGGAAUCGAGCGUUGAAAGCAAUUGUCACCGAUGACCCAAUAAACUCAGAUGAUGAAAAAUCGUUGAAUAUAUGUUGGAAUGCCGACGAUACAAUUAAAAUCAAAGAGGAGAAUAUUUCACCGGUCGAUGAUGCACAUUUGUCAGACUCAGGUAGCAAUAAUACGGGUGAUGUUGACACACAGCUCAAAGCCAUCAAAUCAGAAGAUAUACUUUUGGUGAAAGAAGAGAAAAGAACGCGUGCCGCUACCAGCGAAACGACUAAUAGUAAGACGAAAUUGAAACUCACAUCAAGUCACUGCAAAUAUUGUUUCAAAAAGUUUUCGAACGCAAGCAAUCUUCGACGUCAUAUUACAAUGUCACACUUCGGACCGCAAAAGUUUACAUGUAAUUUAUGUACGUUUCAUGCACGCCGUAAGAUCGAUAUGCUAAGCCAUGUGAGAACGAAACAUCAGUUAGGUGGAGAAAGAACAGAUGCUUUCAAAUUUAUUACAGUUAAUGAGGAGCCAGUAGCAAAACCGCCACAAUCAAGUAGUGCGAAUCGCCGUAAGGAAAAGCACACCGAAGUGUUGAGAGAUGAUGAAGAAGAAAUGUUCAUUGAUAGCGAAGCGUUUAUUGUUGAGGACAAUUCUGAACACCUGCUGACAUUGGGUACAUCGAAUGAAAACAGUAAUGCUGACAUGGGAGACAGUUCAACCAAUCAAAUGGAUGAAAUCGUCGACCAGACUGAAUUGAACAAAUUGAACACAAUUUCGAAACGAAAAGGGAGACCGAAAGCAAAAGAUAAAAUGAAAAAUUCAGGGUGGUCACUUUCACCUGGGGAUCAAAAGAUGAAUGAAAAUGAUUCUAUUCCAACCCGACGACCAAUCAGGAAUCGUAUAAUGCCUGUGAAAAAAGAUUUUGUUUACGAUUUAUCGACGCUUUUGAAAAAGGAUUACAAGGACUUUCACGAUGAAAUUCCAAAGCAAACAUUAUCUCCAUCAGCGCAACCCCAGUCACAAGUGGCUCAAGUCACAAGUGACAAAGUCAAAUCUAGAUACGCAUCCCCGACACCAAUCGACAAUAAAACCAAUAAACGUCGACAAACGCUUCCAAACGCUGUGGACUAUGAAAUCGAACCGGAACCAGAACCAGAACCAGAACCAGAACCAAAAGUUGAACUGCCACCACAACCGCAACCAAAUCCGAAAAAUGAAGGCAAUCCAAGCGAUACGGAUGUGAUUAAAGGCGCUGCAGACGCAAUGGCACAACAAGCGGUGUUUUCCAAUCGUGCGGCUGCCAGCAAACCCCCCGAACUACCGGCUGAAAGACCUGUUGCUACACCAAAGCGUCAGUUUGAUUCAAAAGUAAUGAAAGACUGGCCAAUUUUGAAACGACCGCCUACAAUAUAUGAUGGUGUUAAAUCGAAACUGUCCGAUUUUAAAGUACCUGGCCUUAAACGCAAAAAACGAUCUUGUUUGCUCAAGCACUCAAUAAAUACCAACCAUAAAAAUCGUUUACACGACAAACACAAAACUGGUACAAAUGGACAUACUACUAAUAACAGCGGGUUCAAGUGCAAUGAUUCAGACCCAGCAGUUCAAGAGACGGUGAAAAUCUCAUCAAAAUUGGCUAGUAAAAUCCAGCUAAAAUGCGCACAAAUCGAUAGCGAUAAUGCAAUAGAGACCAAACCGGACUCGCAAAGCCCACAAUCAGUCACCUCGACUAAUUCAUUAUCGCCAGCAUCGAAUAAACAGCAAUCAGAUGGGACGAGCACAACACCGCGAAGAAUGACAUUGCUUGAGCGCCUCGCCGAAAAUAAAACAAAAAAACUAAACGAAUCAUUGAGUCGUAUGUCGAUUGCGAACAGUGAUAAUGACUCAGAUGAAGACUAAACGUUAACAUUUUGUUUAAUUCCACUAAGUCCUUUAUAAGUCUACAUUGAAUGUUUUUAACAAGUGAAAAAAGUAAAACUUUUUUUUCUAUUCGUUGCCCAAAAUAAAAGGUUGUUAAGUUUAAAAUAUAAAAAAAUUUAAGCCUAAGAAAAAAAAAUUUAAAUUAAUAGAACGGCUGAACAGAUUGAAAAUGUGUUUCGACUUGGCAUAGAUGUAUCGUGACACAAUAAAAUAAUAAUUCAAAGAACAAAUUUGAAAUAAAA